UGGUCCAUAAUGGUACAUGCAAGCAACGCUAGAGUGAACACUCACUUCCUGAAACUGAGUUGGGAGAUGACGAUAUUUUGAUUUUAUGGUAAUCUGUAUCAUUAUUAUCAUUAAAUGUGGCUGUCAGUCGAAGUCUUGCCUUUUACCCUUAGCUCAGCUCAGGCUCGUGUACUUUAGUGAUAUUAAUCUGUGCUUUUUAGUCAGACAACAUCAGUCUAUUCACAUCUUUCUUGUGUUAAAGCCAGUAAGCUAGCUAUAGAAGCUAAUUCAACCAGCCUCCUCAGAGUUAGUCGGCUGUUUCAUCUGCAGGGCUUCGGUUAAUUCGGUCGUUUCCGUUGUUAAAAGGUUAUUUUAACACAAAGUGACUGCCUUUCUUACACAGAGUCAAGUCAUGAGUGCAGAAGACCCAAACCCCGCCGCCACACCCACUCCCUGUGAAGACACCCAGGGAGAUGGACGAUGGAUGUCUCUGGUGUGUGAAUUACUCGCCUUAUACGCUUUACAUAGUUAUGCAUUUUCAGUGUUUCACGAUCUGCAUGCUCGUAUUUAGUUUGGCACAUGAAUGGCUGCAAUCUCACAUUGUUUUCAAUGCAGUUUUCUCCCCUGAUCCACACUGAGGUUAAAACAAAACAUACACUUAAUGUUAAUGUUUUGAGUUAACCUGCAUAGAUAAAGUCAAUCAGAAAGGAAUCUUGUUUAAACUAGCAGUUUUCUUUUGUUGUUUCACAAUCUGCAUGCUCGUAUUGAGUUUGGCACAUGAAUGGCUGCAAUUUCAGUGUUUUUAAUGCAGUUUUCUCCCCUGAUCCGCACUGAAGCUGAAACAAAACAUACACUCAAUGUUAUCCCACCGAGCAAUUUUUGGUCUAAAAGAGGUCUAAAUGUAGCCUAGACGACUGGUCUAAAAUCAGGCUACCACAGGUCUAAAAAUUAAAGUUUUUAGACAUCUGAAUUUAGACCAAGUUUAGACUUGCCGGCUAACAGAGGUAUAACUGUAUUUUGCUCAACAUCUAUCAUAAUUAUUUUGGUUCAGUACUUGGAGAUCAGUUAUGCAACUCACAGUUGCUUUUUGAAAUACAUAGUUAUUGAAUAUGGGUUAAAUUGCAACGACUAAAUUCUGUCUAAAAAUAUACAGGUUCUAGACGGUUAAAAUUAGGUCUAGAAAAAAACUAGACGUCUAAUAGCCGUCUAUUGCUCAGUGGGAUGUUUUGAGUUAACCUACACAGACAAAGUCAAUUGGAAAGGACUUUUGUUUAAACUUGCAGUUUUCUUUUGUUGUUUCAUAAUUUCUGUGGGAUUAUGCAAUAAGUCAAAGACUGUCUUUACUUUGUAUAAAAGCUGAUGUUUCCCACCUCAAGAUCCAAAUAACAAAAUAUAUAACAGGCGUAUUGUUGUUUUUAUGCAACUGUAACAAUUAUUUAGUCGUAUUUAGUCAACUGAGUCAAGCCUCUAGAAAGGCCCAUGGUGUAAUUGUACAUAAAAUAUUUCAGUCUACCUAAUACCUUUUUCCUUUUUUUUUCAUUUUUUUGUCUAUAGCACAACCGUUUUGUGUCUGACAGCAAAGACAAAGAGCCGGAUGUUCUGUUUGUUGGAGACUCUCUCGUUCAGCUCAUGCACCAGUUUGGGGUAAAACACUCAUGACUAAUGAGUCCUAACACUCACACUAAUGUUCCAUAUGCAGAGUUUUUUAAAAACUUGAUUUGUCGUCUUACAUAUCUCUUCAGUUUGGGUAUCAACACAUAGGUUUCUCUUUUGCAGGUUUGGCGGCAGCUGUUCUCUCCCCUUCACGCUCUUAACUUUGGUAUAGGUGGUGAUGCAACACAACAUGUGCUGUGGAGACUGAGCAAUGGCGAACUGGAUAAUAUCAGCCCAAAGGUUCCAAUCACAGCUAAAAAUAGAGAACAUUACCAUGCUUGUUCAGUAAAACAGUCGAUCCAUUGUGCCUACAUUAAACUUCCAGGUAUACUGAUUCCAAAGUAACAAAAACAUGAGUUCAAUCACACAAUCCUUUCUGUUUUGUUCUGCUGCAGGUCGUUGUGCUUUGGGUAGGCACUAAUAAUCACGGUCACACCGCUGAACAAGUCUGUGGAGGCAUCAUGGCUAUUAUCCAAAUCAUCAAGAACAAGCUCCCUCAUGCCCGGACACUUGUGCUAGUAAGUUUUCUUCCUUGUACAUUCCUCAAAGGAGGGAAAUGUUUAUCUGCACACUCAUUGUUAAAAAUGACAAACUAAUUGAUAUCACUGUAUUCAAGAUUUGUCUCCAAUUUUUUAGACAUAGGAAAACAAUUGACUUUAGGGUUCAAUCAGGGGAGAGAAAUUGUUAACUAGCAUUUGCUGAAGAUUAACUUUCGAUGACUGAACUUUUGUGAGAUGUGAGGAGGCUUAGAUAGAAGUGAAUUUAAAAUACAGGACUGUUUGUUGCUGCGGCACAAAAGUUACUGAGUUUCAGUUUAUGUGUGAAAAUGUGGUGUUGGGUUGAGUUACGUAAUUUUGGCAGUCAUUCCCUUUUAUUUGUAAUAUCAAACACCAAAAGAUUGCUACAAUGCUACAAGCAUUUCCUUUUCUUAACAUAUAAUAUCAUUUGAUCUUGUUCCAGAGCGUACUGCCAAGAGGCAAACUGCCGAACCCUCUGCGGGAGCGAAAUGCCAAGGUAAACAAGCUGGUCCAAGAAGCUGUAUCGUCCCUCCCUCACGCCUCAUUCCUUAAUGUGGACCCAGGAUUUGUCCACUCUGAUGGUAACAUCUCCCAUCAGGAUAUGUAUGAUUACCUUCACCUGACCCCCCAGGGCUACCAGGCUGUAUGCGAAGUCGUGCACGCCCAUCUUACAUCCAUGCUAGACAAGCCUGCAGAGAAUUGAGCCUAAAGAUAGCUUACACUACAGCAGUAGUCCUCAUCCCUGGUCUCCAAAGAGCAUCCCAGUCAGCCCAGACACACCGUCAUUGAUGGGUAGAAUCAAUCAGUAAGGGCUAAGAGCUGUGAAAAUUGUCCUCUUCGUGGCCAGGGUUGGUGACCAUUGUUGCACAUAAUGGGACCAUAAAGCCUUUUUGUGUUUAUGAAGCAGUCAAAGAUUUAAUUUGCUGUGCUAUGGAGAGAAAAAGUCUUCCCCAAAGUCUCAGUCCGCAUCCAAUUUACCAGGUUUCUGUGUUUGAAGUGUCAUUCCAUACAGGGUUUACUGAAAUCCUCUGCCCCCUGAUACAAACAGUGAAGAUCUGAAGUUAAACUCUCGUGAAAAGACGUUUGAGCUUGGUCCCUCAGUAAAGAUAUGAAGUUGCACCUGAUUGAAAAACUUUAUUCAGAUCAUUUCUUUGGCUGCAGCUCUUAUGAGACUCUCCAAGUCUAAUUUUUCUAAGAAAAUGCUUUUCAGAAGAAACCGUUUAUAACAUAAUGCACUGUCCUCCCAAAGCUACUGGAACAGAAGGUAGUCAGUCGGAAAAUGAUGUGAGACUUUUGCUCUUUAGUUACCAUCAGAGAAUAUGAGAUGUAAGAACUGCCCUUUCCAGAAAGUUGUUGUAAUUUGUCAUUUUGGUUUCUCAGUUUCUCUACGUUUCAUCAAGUUACAUUUAUUUGGUAAAAGCUUUGUUUACUUUUUUGUGGUGUUUGGUGUCUUUUGUAGAUGUUUUGAAUGACCAAAUAUUUUUGAUUGACUGUUUCCGUCUAUUCUGUCAUGUCAUGUCCUAUAUUGUUGUCCUUAUUGCUUCAUCUAUUGUAACCGCCGCAGAGUUUGAAGUGAGAGACCGGUUUUGUCGCUAACAUAGAUGUACUGGAAUAGGUUUAAAGUUGUAUUGAUAAAUGUGAAACUGCUUCUGCUUCAAGUUUAAUCUCCUCUGCAACAUAACACCCCUAAGAGCAUCUGUAAAGGCUUUACUUCACACUAAAAUGCUUCUUGGACAAUGAUUGUGUUACAGAACUUGAAUUAUGCUUCAGGAUGGCUGGUUGUGCAAGUGAUGGAAGAAUGCAUUAAAUACGAAAACAAGAUGAUUUCAGUGC